AUGCCUUACACUCAUCGCGUGGCGAUCAUAAACGACACCCAGGAUGCGCUUACCGUAAUCGAGAAGACAUGCUGGUACUACGCCAACGGCGGCGCCUGGACCGAAGACACCGGCGACAAGCUCACCCUCACACUCGGCGGAAGCGGCACGUCCGCCAUGCUUCGGAUCAGGGCCUCGUCGGGCCAGACAUUCACCGUUGUUGUGGGGUACCAUAAUUCCGAGUUCUGGUGCGAUGCCCAGGUUGAUCUCGGGGAUGGCGAUACGGCAGUCAAGCUGCACCCGGAGUACUAUAACGGUGGGAUACUAUCGUCCCAGGCUGCUCCCUCGAGUGAGCGGAAGACUUCAGCGGGGCGGACGGUGAAGGUGCACUUGCAGAGGCUACCGUGUGGGAUUCCGCCAAUUAUUAUCAAUUACUGUUGA